AGCCUCCUUAUCCGGAUCCGCCACACGCCUGCAAACAACUGCAACGCUCGUCUCUCCCCACAACUCCGUCGACACUCUUCAUUCUACUCACGACAACGACAAGAUGGUCUUAUUAGUCACGUCCGAUAACGAGCAAUUCGUCGUCGACAAGGAGGUUGCGGAGCGCUCGGUGCUCAUCAAGAACAUGCUUGAAGAUGUGGGCGAAAGUGACCAGCCCAUCCCUCUGCCGAACGUAUCUUCCAGUGUCUUGAAAAAGGUGCUAGAAUACUGCGAACACCACCGGGGCGAACCCCUUCCAGCUGCGGAUGAAAACACGGAGGAGACGCGCAAGCGUAACACCGACAUCAGCGAGUGGGAUCAGAAGUUCAUUGCCGUUGAUCAAGAAAUGCUCUUUGAGAUCAUCUUGGCCGCAAAUUACUUGGACAUCAAGCCACUGCUCGAUGUUGGCUGCAAGACUGUCGCGAACAUGAUCAAGGGAAAGACACCGGAGGAGAUCCGGAAGCUCUUCAAUAUUGUCAACGACUUCACGCCUGAGGAGGAGGCUCAAAUCAAGAAGGAGAAUGAAUGGGCCGAGGACCGCUGAAGGGUGGAGGUGUCAGCAUGUAUGCACUAUAGUUCUGUCUCGUUUCGUAAUGCAUUCCAUUCGUUCUCCUGUCUUGUUACACUGUACGUCGUAUGAAUGUGGUGGUACGGCUAUAGAGUUUCCCAACACGCUCAUGUACGAGUGCUUGAUGUCAGCGAACCUCGACUCGCGUAUAAAUCCCCUUGUAUGUCGAUAGACUCAAAACCCAAGGGCAUUGCGCUGUAUUCCUGAGGGUAUUCGUGGG